AUGCCGAAUACCACUGAAACCAGCACAGCCUCAAGCUCUACACCCACCUCAGCCACAGCUGGAACCAACAUGGUCUCCAGCUCUACACCCAUCCCAACCACAGCUGGGAAUAGCACAGCCUCCAGCUCCACAUCCACCUCAACCAUAGCUGAGACCACCAUGGCAUCCAGCUCUACAUCUACCCCAACCACAGCUGGGACCACCAUGGCAUCCAGCUCCACACCCACCUCAACCACAGCUGAGACCACCACAGUCUCCAGCUCCACACCCUCCAGCUCUACAUCCUCCAGCUCUACAUCCUCCAGCUCCACACCCUCCAGCUCUACACCCACCCCAACCACAGCUGGGACGAGCACAGUCUCCAGCUCUACACCCAUCCCAACCACAGCUGGGACCACCAUGGCAUCCAGCUCCACACCCACCUCAACCACAGCUGAGACCACCACAGUCUCCAGCUCCACACCCUCCAGCUCCACACCCACCUCAACCACAGCUGAGACCACCACAGUCUCCAGCUCCACACCCUCCAGCUCCACACCCACCUCAACCACAGCUGGAAACAGCACAGUCUCCAGCUCCAUACCCUCCAGCUCCACACCCACCUCAACCACAGCUGAGACCACCACAGUCUCCAGCUCCACACCCUCCAGCUCCACACCCAUCCCAACCACAGCUGAGACCACCACAGCAUCCAGCUCCACACCCUCCAGCUCCACACCCAUCCCAACCACAGCUGAGACCACCAUGGCAUCCAGCUCUACACCCACCUCAACCACAGCUGGGAGCAGCACACCCUCCAGCUCCACACCCUCCAGCUCUACAUCCACCCCAACCACAGCUGGGAGCAGCACACCCCCCAGCUCUACAUCCACCCCAACCACAGCUGGGAGCAGCACACCCCCCAGCUCUACAUCCACCCCAACCACAGCUGGGAGCAGCACACCCUCCAGCUCUACAUCCACCCCAACCACAGCUGGGAGCAGCACACCCUCCAGCUCUACAUCCACCCCAACCACAGCUGGGAGCAGCACACCCUCCAGCUCUACAUCCACCCCAACCACAGCUGGGAGCAGCACACCCUCCAGCUCUACAUCCACCCCAACCACAGCUGGGAGCAGCACACCCUCCAGCUCUACAUCCACCCCAACCACAGCUGGGAGCAGCACACCCUCCAGCUCUACAUCCACCCCAACCACAGCUGGGAGCAGCACACCCUCCAGCUCUACAUCCACCCCAACCACAGCUGGGAGCAGCACACCCUCCAGCUCUACAUCCACCCCAACCACAGCUGGGAGCAGCACACCCUCCAGCUCUACAUCCACCCCAACCACAGCUGGGAGCAGCACACCCUCCAGCUCUACAUCCACCCUAACCACAGCUGGGAGCAGCACACCCUCCAGCUCUACAUCCACCCCAACCACAGCUGGGAGCAGCACACCCUCCAGCUCUACAUCCACCCCAACCACAGCUGGGAGCAGCACACCCUCCAGCUCUACAUCCACCCCAACCACAGCUGGGAGCAGCACACCCUCCAGCUCCACACCCAUCCCAACCACAGCUGAGACCACCAUGGCAUCCAGCUCUACACCCACCUCAACCACAGCUGGGAGCAGCACACCCUCCAGCUCUGGCAGGACAACCACCCGCAGCAGCUCUAGCCUGGCAGCUUCAACUGGAACAUACACUGCCUCCAACCACACUGACCCAGUGAAUGAGGUGAAGCCCAGUGGAUCCCUGAAGCCUUGGGAAAUCUUCCUCAUUACCGUGGCCUCUGUUGUCAUGGCCGCAGGACUCUUUGCUGGGCUCUUCUUUGUGAAAAGAUACCUGUCUCUGAGAAAUGCUGCUGACAUAGCUCUCUACAACCCCCACCCUGAUCCUGGAGAACCCCAAACACCUCUGCAGAGGCCUACCUGGUCCUGGAGGAGACCAGUAACCUCUGGGGUCAUGGAAAUGAGUGAGAGAUAG